CCUUUGCUUUGCUCAGAGCUCCAAACAACAACCAAUCGAAUGAUGAGCCAAAAGAGCCCGUGAAAUCUGCGCGCGCAGGGUUGGAUGACACCAAUAUUCACAUCCACGCAAAGUUUCCCAGCGUUUCAUCCGGACACUUUCUGCCCAUCUGCACGCCUGAAGUCCCGUCCAGAGAAUCAGACAGCUGCUGCUGCUGGAGCAGGGAGUUUCUGCAUCCCCCUCCUCCGUCAUCAGUCGAGUUCAGACCCUCACCGCACUGUCGGCAUCAUCAGCGCUGGAGAAAACACAGCUUUACUGGUCAACCAACUGGCCGUCUGCAAAUAAAUGGAAGGACCUAAACAAUGAGUCAACUUUCAUCUGCUGUUUAACGGUUUUGUGAACGCUUAGCUUCUCCUCAAACAACUCUGGGACUUAUGGAGGCCUCUGUGAACUCGGACAACAUCAGCAACACCUCAGCUGGGUUGGGCCAGGGAACAUGGGUUGAGUCCAGCGUGUGCCCUCCCUCUGUGAGUGGCACGACCCUUCUGAUCGUGGCCUACAGCACCGUUAUUGCGGUGGGAUUGGUGGGCAACACUUGUCUGGUCUUCAUCAUAUCCAGACAGAAGGAGAUGAGGAACGUCACCAACAUCCUCAUCGCCAACCUCUCCUGCUCCGACAUCCUCAUGUGCGUGGUGUGCCUUCCCGUGACGGUCAUCUACACACUCAUGGACCGCUGGAUCCUGGGCGAGACUCUGUGCAAGGUCACGCCGUUCGUGCAGUGCAUGUCCGUUACGGUGUCCAUCUUCUCGCUGGUCCUCAUCGCGUUGGAGCGCCAUCAACUCAUCAUCCACCCCACUGGCUGGACACCCGCCGCAGGCCAUUCGUACCUAGCCGUGGCGGUCACCUGGAUGGUGGCCUGCUUCAUUUCCUUACCCUUCCUGUCCUUUAACAUCCUCACUAACGCUCCGUUCCAAAACCUCAGCCUUCCAUUCAACCCGUUUAGCGACCACGUGAUUUGCAUGGAGCUCUGGCCGUCCGAACGCAACCGUUUGGCAUACACCACCUCGCUUCUGCUAUUCCAAUACUGUCUCCCCCUGCUUCUCAUUCUACUCUGCUACUUGCGCAUAUUCCUGCGUUUGCGCAGACGGAAGGACAUGGUGGAGCAAGCCACCGAGGCCCGGCAGAGGAAGGCGCGGGGCGCUCAGCGCAUCAACGCCAUGUUAGUUUUAAUCGUAGUUGCUUUUGCUCUCUGCUGGCUCCCGCUCAACGUCUUCAACACCAUCUUUGACUGGUACCACCAGGUGCUUCCUUCUUGCCAGCACGACGUCAUCUUCUCGGCCUGCCACCUCACGGCAAUGGCGUCUACCUGCGUCAACCCAGUGGUCUAUGGCUUCCUCAACACCAACUUCCAGAAGGAGCUGAAGGCGACACUCCAGCGCUGCCAUUGUGGCUGGGGUGUACCGGAGACCUACGAGAGCUUCCCGCUUUCGACGGUGGCCACUGACGUCACCAAGGUGUCAUCCAUGCAGCAGGGCUCUCUACUGAGAUCGGAACAGUGCGCUCACUGCUAAAGAGACGGCAGGAACGGAGGGAAGAAGGAGGGGAGGGGUUGAGGACGAGCAAGCAUUGUUUCCAUGGAGACGUUGAAUUGCUAUGUGGGUUUCUGCAUCAGUUCAUACCCAGGAGAUCUAAAAACAACCUCAACCCACUGUUGCCAUGUUUUCUGGGGUCCAGGUGUGGAACGCAGUGUGAUGUUUUGUUCUCAACAGCUAGGGUAGACAGGGCGUCAUUACUGUCUCUGUGUAUGACUUGUACAGGAUAAAUAUUCCAUCAAGAAUGUGAUUAUUCCUCUGAUGACACUUUCAAGCGUUCGUGUUAAGGAGGACUGAUUUAUGAGGCUGGAUUGUUUUAGAAAGUUGCAAAUAGUAUAAUGAAAGUACUUUUCAUGUACAGUUCUUUGAGUUAUUUCUUCACUGUAGCAGGGAGUCGGUGCCCUCACUAAAGUAUUUCUUCUGUCUGGUUUUGUUGUUGCUGGUGGUGGUGUUUAAUGAAUUGUAACUAUUAUUAUUUAUUGUGCUGCUUUAGUGAGACCGCCUGUGCUGCAUUUUAACUUUGAAAUCGUGCCUCUGUAAUAUUGGGAAGCAUAUUAAACAUUUG